AUGCGGGCCCACUCUCCACAAGAGCGCUGGUGGGUCAUGGUGAGACGUGAACGGCACUCGAGGAUAAUAGCAAGCUGGCAAAAGUCGAUCGGCCUUGUUAGUCCCUCCUGCUACCAAAGCGUUUCUCCCCGUCGUGACUCACCCUGGGUUGGGUUGGCAAGUCUGGAUGGAGUCUCCAAGACCUUGAUCGGCCCUCUAAAAGCCCGUGUUCAAAGGCCUCAGUCGCGCGAAUAUCACAAGCAUGUUUCCUGCUCAAAAGACCCACAUUACAAAGCACUGCUCAAGAUCAUAAUGAGCUUCGUCCUGAGCGUAAACAUCAAUUGGGACAAGAGCCUUGUGGCGAUCCAAAAUGUCCAAAUGCCGCGACCGCCAAGACCAAAGUACCCAGAACACGGAGCGGGCACAAGGUAUCUGCGAUCGACACCCGCAGCAGAUCGCGCCCGUGCACGCAGCUGA